ACGAUAUUUUGUGUGAAACUUGCGAUUUGGAAUAUACGAAUGAAUUCGACGGUAUAUACGAAAACCCUGAUAACGAUGUUAUAUCAGGUAAUAAUAUAUCUAACGAAUACAGCAAAAUAGCUAAAACAAACGUCACCCACUCGGUCGAAUAUCGACCACUAGCGAUUCAACCGCUGGUGAAUCCCGAAAAGGAAUACAAAUUUACAGUGGUAUCAGGGGCAAGCAGAAAUCAUUUUUGUCCAUUGAAAAGCUGGAUCUAUAUGACGAAUAAAGUACUCAAAGGCUUUGAUGCCAGGAUUGUCGUUUAUGAUCUAGGUCUGUCAAAGAAACAACGAAAAGGACUUUUGAAACUUGUCAAGCUUGGAUACAUAACAGAUCUGAGAAUUUUCAAAUUCUCAGAGUAUCCAUCAUUCUGGAAUAUUUCGAUAGCACGUGGUGAAUAUGGUUGGAAACCGGCAAUAGUGGCAGAAGUGGCGAGAGAUUAUCCCGGUACAUUGAUAUGGUUAGAUUCAGGUACAUUAGCCGAACGUAAAUAUUUUGCAAAUCUUCCGAAGCUAUUGAAGAAAUAUGAUGGUUUCAUUUCACCGGUAUCCCAAGGACAAAUGAGAAAAUGGACUCAUCCGGGAGUCUACGAAUACUUUGACGACGAGCACUGGAAAUAUGAUAAUUAUCUCAAUUGCAAUGGCGCCUCGUUGACUUUUGAUACUUACAUAACAGAAAAAUUGAUUGACGCAUGGUACAGAUGUUCGUUGGAUAAGAAUUGUAUAGCUCCGCCUGGAAGUAGUAGGGCAAAUCAUCGACAGGACCAGAGCAUCUUAACGUACCUUGCAGCACGUGACGGGUGGUUUUGUAGUGUUCGGCCUCCGAAACUCUGGUUAAAAACGCAUCAAGAUAAAGGUUGUAAAUCGAUCGUGAAAGCGUUUGAGGCAAAGAAAAAAAAACCAAAUGAAACUUUACAUGAAUCCAUAAAUAAUAGGGGUUAA